AUGGCUGAAGUGGUUGGAGGAGCUCUUCUCUCUGCUUUGCUUAACCCAUUGGUGAAAAAGUUGACUACAGAGGUGAAGGACUUCUUCAAAGGAAAAGAUGCCAUUCUCAAGCUGCUCAAGGAGUUCAAGGCUUUGCUGUCCUCUGCUGAUCUGCUGCUCAUUGAUGCUGAGGAGAAGCUCAUCAAAGACCCAAGAGUGCGGAACUGGCUUGAUGAUCUCAAGGACACCAUUUAUGAUGCAGAUGACUUGGUUUACAAGAUCGACACUGAAGCAUGGCGAAAUGAACUGGAAGAUGAUGGUCCUCAUGAAUCUCAUAGUGGCUGCACUUGUACUAGCAAGGCACUCACGAGACUCAUCUCAUCAACUCCUUUAACUUGUUUUGAUAAGACCAUUAAACCUGAGAUAGAAGAGGCACUUGGGAAAUUGAAGCUUCUUCUAGACAAUAGAGAUCUUGGUUUGGAACGUGUGAAGAAUCAUAAGCUUCCAGAGAGGGUAUGUGCUCCUUUGGUGGAAGAAUCUGAUGUUUAUGGAAGGGAUGUUGACAAAGAAGCUAUUGUUAAGUUGCUUAGUUCAGAUGAUAGAACCUGUGGUGACAAAUUGUCAGUGAUCCCCAUAGUGGGGAUGGGCGGUAUUGGAAAGACUACUCUUGCUCAACUUGUGUACAAUGAUAAAAGAGUUAUGAAUACAAUGUUUGAUACUAGAGUGUGGGUUACUGUGGGAGAUAAUAACAAAGUCAAUAGUUCUAAAGUAAUGAAAACUAUCAUUCAGACGAUCACAACUACCAAAUGUGAAAUUGAAGAGGAGUUCCAAGUUUUAAAUGAAGUCAAGAAAGUUUUGACUGAGAAGAAGUUUCUCAUUGUUCUAGAUGAUGUUUGGGAUGAAGAUAGCAACAGAUGGGACGUCAUAAAAAGUACUUUUCAAUCUGGGUUGCACGGAAGCAAGAUCAUAGUGACAACACGUAGCAAUAGGGUUGCAUCAAUUAUGGGAACUAAGUCAUCAUCAACUUAUUUCCUAAGCACUAUAUCUUUUGACAAAGGUUGGGAGUUAUUUGUCAGAUGUGCUGCAAUUGAUGUCAACUCGCAUGAGUACUCAGACCUGCAAGUAAUUGGUCGAGAGAUUGUUGAAAAGUGUAAUGGUCUUCCUUUAGCUAUAAAAUCACUUGGGAGUCUUCUACAUGGGAAACAAAAUAAGGAGGAUUGGAAUGACAUAUUAAACAACGAUAUAUGGGAGUUGUAUGAGAAUGAGAGUGUUGGUAUUCUUCCAGCUCUAUGGCUGAGCUAUUUUUAUUUACCUUCACAUUUGAAGUCUUGUUUCUCCUAUUGUGCUAUAUUUCCUAAAGAUUAUGAAUACAAAGAAGAAGAAGUCAUCUUAUUGUGGGCGGCUGAAGGUCUAUUACUUCCUAAGAAGGGAGUUAGAAUUGAAGACGUUGGAAAGAAGUACUUCAAAGAUCUAAUCUCAAUGUCAUUUUUUCAACCAUCAAAUAACAAUAAGAAGGAGUCGAUUUUUCUCAUGCAUGAUCUUAUACAUGAUUUGGCAAUAUUUGUUUCUGGUGAGUUUUGCUAUAUGAUGAAUAAUAUAAACAAAUGUUCUCACAAGGUUCGUCAUUUUUCGUACAUGCGUGACUGUGAAAGAGCCAAUGACCCCAAGGAAUUUGAGGAGUUAUUCAAAGCGAAGGGCGUGCGCACCAUAUUGUGGCAACAAGAGUUAAGCGGUGAUCUGCUGGAGCUGUUAAAGAUUGAGGACUUAGACAAGUCAUUCCCAGGAUUGAGAGUACUAUCCAUAUGUGAUUAUAGCAUCACCAAGUUUCCCAAUUCAAUUGGCAAUUUGAAGUAUUUAAGAUAUUUGAAGUUAGAUUGUAUUGAUAUUGAAGAGAUACCUAACACAAUAUGUAAAUUGUAUAAUUUGGAGACACUAUUGUUGGAGAAAUGUAGGAAAGUCACUCAACUACCAACUGAUAUAGGCAAUUUAGUCAAGUUGCGACAUCUUAGUGUUCCUGAGAAGAAUUUAUUUGGGAUGCCAUUGCAGUUGGGCAAGCUACAAAAUCUGCAAACACUUAAUGCAUUUGUUGUUGGAAGAACUAGAGAUUGUGGUGGCAUUAAGCUAUUGAAAGAGUUUCAAGAUCUUCACGGGAGUCUUUCUAUUAAGGGACUACAAAAAGUUAGUAGCCUUGAGGAAGUUUCUGAUGUUGCAGCACCAUUAAAGAGUUUAAAGUUUCUUAGUCACCUAUCUUUGGUAUGGGAUUAUCGCUAUGAACCUGAACUUGAUGACUUGCACAAAGAAAGAGAGCUACUCAGACUCUGCACUGUUGAGCCUCAUCCAAAUUUGAAGAAACUUGAGAUUUGGUCCUACAAAGGAAGUAGCUUCCCAAAUUGGAUGGAAGAUCAUCGUUGCUUGUCUAAUUUGGUAAGUUUGAAGUUAAUGUAUUGUAGUAAUUGUAGCUUCUUGCCGUCAUUGGGACAACUUCCCUCUCUCAAAGUUCUUUUGAUUGUGAAUUGUGGUGUGGUGAGAAUAGAUUCAAAGUUUUAUUGCUCUACUAGUGUUGAUUCUUCUGCUGCAAUACAAACAAAGACAUUCUUUAGAUCUUUGAAGACUUUGGAGUUUGAUAAUUUGGAGAAGUUUGAAGAGUGGUCAUUUAUCGAAGGUGGUGUUUUUCCACACCUUAAGAAUCUUAAAUUCUUUGACUGCAAUAGACUCAAAGUGACAUUGUUAGGAGAUUAUUUUCCUUCAUUGACAGAGCUUGUAAUACAUAACAGUGAGGUACUAUUACCAUUAUUACUCCCAAGAGCUCAACUCAUGCAAGCCCCUUUGACCACUUUAAAGAAGAUUGCAUUUAUGUACUUUUUUAACUUAACACACUUAGACGAGGCGGCCUUUCAACACCUCACCUCCCUUGAGGAAUUGACAAUUGAAGGCUGUCAUUACCUCCGAUGCUUGCCAAAAAAACUACCCACUUCGCUUUCUGAUAUUUAUAUCAUUGGUUGUCCGAUGUUAACACCAAGAGUCCAGAGGGAGACAGGGGAGGACUGGCCAAUUAUAGCUCACAUCCCAAAUAUCAUUAUUGAUGGCAAGAAAAUAUAGCAUAUUUAUUGGAAGCUUCAUCACCUGUACCAGUUUCUACCUCUGGCUUAACCCAAAGAGUUUCAUCCUCUAUACUGAAGAACAACUUAAAUGACUUUUGUUGUUUCACCUUUGGUUUGGUUUCAAAAACCUUAGCUAAAGUGGCUGCCUGGGAAUUCAGAUUGACUAAUUGAACUGCAUGAUGUUAUUGUUACAGACUCUGCAUUGACACAUAUUCAACCAUUUGAAGUUCAUGAUUUGGGUGCAUCAGUUGGGUGGCAUUCAUUGAAGUUUGGUCUGCUCGUUUUCAAAUGUAAUGGGCUGUGUGGAUUGAGAGAGAAAUAGCAGAAUAUUCCGGCGGAGGACGUUUGGGAGAGAGUUCGAUUUUGGACAGUCACAUGGGCCUUUAGAACAAAACAUUUUGAGAAUUUUCCCUUUCUAGACUUGUGUAGGGAGUGGGAGUGUGUUGAUGUAAAAAGACUUGAUGUUUUGGUCUGUUUUGUUUUGUGAUCUUAUCUUUUCCUCUUUUGUAUUCUUCUUAUAACCAUUAUUAAUACAUAGUGGUAGGGGUAGUCUAUUUCUCUUUUUUUGAAAAAAAAGAUGUGAGCUGUGGGGUUUUAUUAUUUUCUACUACUUUUCCAUAUUGACCUCACAUUAACUUCAUUUCUUUAGCUUUUUCAUUAUUUAUAGAAGGAGCAUUUUGCUAUGA